UGUAAGCUUGCUUCAAGCUAGCCCACCCCGUUUUGUGAAGUGUGUAUGAAAGUCAGGUGCUGUCUUUGUUCCGGGCGCAGUCUUUUGGACAUGAGUCAGCUGGGCCUGAGUGCACUCAAUAAAGAUUCUCCUGUUUCAACCCAAGGUGGUCUGGGGCCCCAGCAGUGGGAGACCUGUAACUUCAGGCACCACUGGAAGAACUUAAGCCCAGAGAAGGAAACGGCUCUUCCACUCCCCAGCGUCCCUCCCCAGAUGGUGCAUCAGAACCCGGAGGGUUGCAGGACAAUCUCAAGAGCAGCGGGCAGACAUCUGAACCAUGUUUCAGGAAUCAUGCCUUGGAUUCACCACAGUCGGCUAAAACCAGCAGCCCAGGAUCAGUGGAUCAGUCAGUAAGACCCAGACCAUCCAACCCGGCUGAUCCUGCGACAAGACCAUGUAACCAGUAGAAAUAACAGCAGCCCUGCUGUGGCCACUCCGGAGGCUGGCCAGUCUAUGCACGGCAGAAGCUUGAGGAAAACUGUAAGCCCUGCUCUAGUCACACAACUGGAAACUGACUAGUCUACGCAUGGCCAAAGCUUGAGGAGUCAUCAUCAAAUGAGUAGAUGUCACAGAAUAUGUGUGAACCAAUACUUCAUUUGAGACAGCCUCACAUGGAGAAUGUAAUGAGCCAUUCUCUUCUCACAUACAGUGUUUCACUGCAUCACCCAGGCUAGAGUGCAGUGUCUCCAUCAUGGCUCACUUCAGCCUCAACCUCCCGAGCUUAAGCAAUCCUCCCAUCUCAGCCUCCUGAUUAGCUGGGACUACAGGCAUGUGCCACCAUGUUCAGAGCCAAGAACUCUGGAACAAGAAGAAGAAGACGAAGGAGGAGGAGGAGGGGGAGGAGGAGAAGGAGAAGGAGGAGAAGGAGAAGGAGGAGAAGAGAAGGAGAAGGAGGAGAAGGAGAAGGAGAAGGAGACGGAGAAGGAGGAAGAGGAGGAGGAGGGCCGGGCGCCGUGGCUCACGCCUGUAAUCCCAGCACUUUGGGAGGCCGAGGCGGGCGGAUCACGAGGUCAAGAGACCGAGACCAUCCUGGCUAACAUGGUGAAACCCCGUCUGUACUAAAAAUACAAAAAAUUAUCCGGGCAUGGUGGCGGGCGUCUGUAGUCCCAGCUACUCGGCAGGCUGAGGCAGGAGAAUGGCGUGAACCCGGGAGGCGGAGCUUGUAGUGAGCCGAGAUAGCGCCACUGCACUCCAGCCUGGACCACAGAGCGAGACUCCGUCUCAAGGAGAAGAAGGAGAAGGAGAAGGGAAAAAAGAAUCCUCAUCAUUAAUGCAAGUGGAAGGAAACUCUUCACCAAAGAAUUGAUCACAUCAUGAAAGCCAGCCUCCGCUCCUGUGAGGGCGUGGGGAAAAGGGAGUGGAAGAAAGGAAGAGGCGGGAGGUGCGGCGGGGGCACAGGUGACGCUCCUCCCGCCUGCCUAGCAGAGCUCCAGGCGCACAUCCGCAGUCAGCCACCUCGCGCGCGCCUCCAGGAGCGAGGAUGGAGAGGCUGGUGAUCAGGAUGCCCUUCUGUCAUCUGUCUACCUACAGCCUGGUUUGGGUCAUGGCAGCAGUGGUGCUGUGCACAGCACAAGUGCAAGUGGUGACCCAGGAUGAAAGAGAGCAGCUGUACACACCUGCUUCCUUAAAAUGCUCUCUGCAAAAUGCCCAGGAAGCCCUCAUUGUGACAUGGCAGAAAAAGAAAGCUGUAAGCCCAGAAAACAUGGUCACCUUCAGCGAGAACCAUGGGGUGGUGAUCCAGCCUGCCUAUAAGGACAAGAUAAACAUUACCCAGCUGGGACUCCAAAACUCAACCAUCACCUUCUGGAAUAUCACCCUGGAGGAUGAAGGGUGUUACAUGUGUCUCUUCAAUACCUUUGGUUUUGGGAAGAUCUCAGGAACGGCCUGCCUCACCGUCUAUGUACAGCCCAUAGUAUCCCUUCACUACAAAUUCUCUGAAGACCACCUAAAUAUCACUUGCUCUGCCACUGCCCGCCCAGCCCCCAUGGUCUUCUGGAAGGUCCCUCGGUCAGGGAUUGAAAAUAGUACAGUGACUCUGUCUCACCCAAACGGGACCACGUCUGUUACCAGCAUCCUCCAUAUCAAAGACCCUAAGAAUCAGGUGGGGAAGGAGGUGAUCUGCCAGGUGCUGCACCUGGGGACUGUGACCGACUUUAAGCAAACCGUCAACAAAGGCUAUUGGUUUUCAGUUCCACUAUUGCUAAGCAUUGUUUCCCUGGUAAUUCUUCUCGUCCUAAUCUCAAUCUUACUGUACUGGAAACGUCACCGGAAUCAGGACCGAGAGCCCUAAAUGAGUCACACAGCACCCUGAAAGUGAUUCCCUGGUCUACUUGAAUUUGACACAAGAGAAAAGCAGGAGGAAAAGGGGCCAUUCUCCAAAGGACCUGAAAGAGCAAAAGAGGUGGGAGCGAAAGCCUUAAGGAUCCCACGACUUUUUACUGCCAUCUGAGCUACUCAGUGUUUGAAUCCCAAGAGGAAGUCAUUUUACCUCUCAGGUCUGUUGUAGGACUUGAUUUUGUAAAGCAACGCCAUGUUAUGUGGUUGAAAGGGCACUGGACUUAGUAUCAGGAGCACUGAGCUCACAGACUGACUUGGGCUCCUACUGGUGGGGACCUCUGUUAGUCACUUUACCUCAUCCAAAGUAUAAAGGAAUUGGACCAAAUAAUUUACCACAUAGCUCUAAAACUUAAUUUAAAAUGUAAUUCCAGAAAAAAAAAAAGGGAAUAAGCAAAGGGGGAAGAAUUGAAAGAGAGAGAGAAGAAAGAAUACAGAGAGCUUGCCUUUUGCCUUUCUGUUGAUGUUACAUCUCUUCUUCCCAUGUUCUUAGGUCUAUGAGUCUGUUUCCCCAUCAUUUGGUAUCUAGUCCAGCUCCUGCUUACUGCUUUGCUAAUAGCUGGCCUUGCUAGAAUCCUUGGUUUCACUGCUGUUCUUCAUGUGCUUCUAUGAGAUUUACUCCAACAAAAAUAGGACUGAAUUUAUUGUGAAGUAACAUUGGCAAUCUUAACUUAUUCAUUUAACUUAUUUAUUUUUAUAGCUAGAUAAAUAUUGUUAGUCUUAGACAAUAGCUCACAUUUUUUGAGAAGCAUGCUUUCCCUGUCCAUUUGUCUUAUAACAUGACCCAGCCCUAUUUUACAUCAUUCUAAAUUCAGCCUCAUAUAAUGAAAAGACAUUAUGAAAACAGAUGUUUAGGAGAUUUCCUGUAUAGCAGUCAGCCAAUUCAUAUGCUUUGUCUCUGCUGGCUUCUUUUUCCAUGCAUUAACUUUUCACAAUAGCAGAGGAGGCAAAUAUGAGCAUACAAUCCCUUUGUUCUAAAGAUAUUGUUCCAGCUAGUGGAAUGAUGUUGAAUCUUUAAUAACCAUAAUUAGUUGCUUUUUCAGUAUCUUCUGCUUUGUCUGUGUCUAUCCAGUGGCCUAGGAAUUAAAGUGUAAGUUGUUUUUGCUGUUAAAUUGGAUAUUUAUAUAUAUAUAUAUAUAUAGCAAGAUUUUCAUGUGUUAUUUAAUUCUGUAUCGUUUCUUAUAUUUGUAGUAAAAUAUUGAACAAUUAAAAGUGUUGACUCCAAA